CCCGUCACGUGACGCACAAGGUGACCAACAGGAUGAGCGACGAGAAAUCGACAAAAGACAUCGCAUCCAUAGUCUACGAGAUGACAAAAGGAGAGACACUACUAAAAGCCGGACGCAGCGGAAAACCACAUUUCAGGCUCUUCCAUCUAUCAAACGAUUUGUCGCGAAUAACGUGGGAUUCUGCGAAACAGAAAGACGCAGGAGUGUUGAUCUCACAGAUAAGCGACCUCGUGAUUGGUCAGAAAACGAAAGUCUUCGAGAAUUCGCCAGUUCCGGGUUACGAGGCGUGGUCGUUUUCUGUAAAAUAUCUUAAUCUGUCUCAAGAUCGCUCGUUGGAUGUUGUGUGUAAAGACAAAAAGGAGUUUGAGACAUGGACAUCCGGGAUACGGGCUCUCAUGAAUGGCUUUACAAAUCUAAAGAAAGUGGAAGAAGUUGCAUUAGAAGCCGAUAAAGAGAAGAAGGCAACCCCCUUACUUUCACUGAACAGUUAUGACAUGCAAAAGCAGUCAAGACUGAAGGACGAAGCUUGUGACAUCUACACCUGGGGAGAUGGCAGCCAUGGCAUGCUUGGUCACGGUGAAGACGAAGAAGAGAGAUCACCACGUGUGGUUGAGUCUCUACUUGGUCGAAACAUCCAGAUGACAGCGUGUGGCAAGUACCACACUAUGGCACUAAGUGUUGGAGGUGAGGUGUUCACGUGGGGUUCUGGAUAUCAUGGCCGGUUGGGACAUGGUAACAUCAGAGAUAGGUUUUUGCCACUGAUGGUUAGAGAACUACGAGGGAUGGAUGUGGAAAUGAUUGCCUGUUACCAGACACACUCGGCGGCUGUUUGUGAUAACGGUGACCUAUACACGUGGGGCAAAAACUCAUUCGGUUGUCUUGGUUACGAAUGCGAUAAAAAACAACUCAUUCCUCGGCGAGUCAAGUCACUAGGUAAGCACUAUGUCUCGGUCGUCGCAUGUGGACAAGCCCACACAACAAUAGCAACAGAGGAUGGUGUUAUGCUCUCAUUUGGAGCCAACAAUCAUGGCCAGUUGGGUCAUGGUGAUUUGAAAGCACAAACUGCUCCGACUGUUGUGGAAGUGUUGCAAGGAGUGAGUGUCGUAGCUGUGGCCUGUGGGGCUGAGUUUACGGCUGCUGUGACAGAUCAAGGGCAGCUAUGGAUGUGGGGCGCCAAUGAUAGUGGGCAGUUGGGAACUGGAGAGAAAGUUGAUCAACUCUUUCCUGCAAGACUUGACAGUCUCAGGGAGUACGAGGUAUGUGAUGUCAGCUGUGGAGACCUCCAUACAGCAAUCCUGACAACGAAUGGAAUUGUGUAUUGCUGUGGAUUGAAUAAGGAUGGUCAACUGGGUCAAGGGAUGACUAGUCAACGGCCAGACUUUUCACGGCCUUGUCCUGUAAACAUUCCAGGAAAAAUUACACAAGUGUCUUGUGGAUCUCACUCAACAAUAGCACUAACAGAAAAUGGUCGCAUCUUCACUUGGGGUUGUGGAGUUGGUGGAGUCUUAGGUCAUGGAGACAACAAGAACAGACUGAUUCCAACUGAAGUUGAAGGAAUGUCUGAGAAACACGUACGGAUGGUUUCGUGUGGAGGAUCGCACACUGCAGUCACGGUUAUGCGUUCUUGGGUUCCUGACGACGAAGCUAAACUUUGUAUGGCUUGCAAGCUCAAAUUCACAACAGUGAGACGAAGGCAUCACUGUCGGAAGUGUGGCGGUCUCUUCUGCGAUACAUGCUCAACAAAACGUUUCCCACUGCUCACUCAAGGCUACAGCGAGCCGGUCCGAGUGUGUGACCGUUGCUACAUGGUACUAACAAACAAGACGUGACAUCCAACAUCUGAGUCAGUCAAUCAGCAACAGUUUGUGACCAACAACAAUUCACAUUAUAUGUUCAGUUCUGCAGCAAAUGAUGUUCUACAGUUUGAUGAAGUUAAGAUGACAUUUUUCCAUUAAGUUGUCGUACAUGUAUUUACCAUAAAUUCUUUGAUUUAAUUAAUUAAAGUGACACUUGUUAGUAA